AUGCUGCAGAACUCCCAACAUCACGCCUCGAGAUUCACGCAAAGACUGCGGAGAGUUGGUCGCCUGAUCUCCAUGGCUCGUGGUCAGUGUGACUCCAAGAUCCUCUUAUAUCACCAUCGCUGUGUGACUCAGAGUGGAUGCUUCCGCUUGCAGAUGCCUUCCCACCGUACUUUUGCCAAAACUUCGCCAACAUCUUCGAGAUUUGAGACGUUGGACAUUGGCGUGCUGGCGCUGGCAGCUGCCGUUCUCGCUGAGCCACCGUCCUUCCGUCGUCCAUCGUCGUCGUACGGAGUGCCGUCUGCCAGCUACGCAGCGCCCUCUUCCAGCUACGCAGCGCCCUCUUCCAGCUACGCAGCGCCCUCUUCUAGCUACGGAGCCCCCUCUCUGUCCCUGGGACACAGCAGUGGAGGAUUCGGACACAGCAGCGGAGGAUUCGGACACAGCGGAGGAUUCGGACACAGCGGAGGAUUCGGACAUAGUGGAGGAUUUAGCAGUGGCGGCUUCGGUUACAGCAGCGGAGGACUCAGCCAUGGUGGUGGUUAUAGCCAUGGGGGUGGCUACAGUCACGGGGGUGGCCUGCACUCUGGCUUCGGCGGCGGCUACCGCGCCGUGAGCCACGGCUACCAAUCCAGCGAGGGCCAGCACGUUGACCCUCAGCUGCUGCACAAGGUGAAGCAGAUCCUGCUGGACCAGGAGAACCAGGCUGAAGCCCACCACGGCGGCCACCACGGAGGUGCUCUCUUCACCCCAUCCUCCAGCUACGGCGUGCCCUCCCACUCCUACGGCGCCCCCUCACCCGCCUACGGCGUUCCCCAUCACCAGACACGCGUUGUGGGCAUCGACCUCGGCCACGUGCGCCAGGGCGUGCAGGUCGCUCAGUACCACCAGGAGUCCCUGGGACACGUGAGCCACGACGCCGGCUAUAGCUACCCAUCCUCCGGAUACUCCGCCCCGUCGUCCACCUACGGCGCCCCCGCCGCCUACGUGGCCGCACCCUCGUCGUCGUACGGCGUGCCACACCACUAA